GUCAGCAAAUCAGCCCCUGUGACAAGCCAGGCCUUUGGGCCCAGAAAAGGCAGGAGAUAUGGGGCUAGAAGAGUUUGGGCCCUGCUCAGGGGCAGCUUGUGCCCAUUUUCUGUCUGCUGUUCUUCCUGUUGGUGGAUGACUUUCUCCAUUCCUCAAACCCUUCAUCCAAGAGCCCUUCAGGACCACCCCAAGGAGCUGAGCAUGACACGGGACGAGGCGCAGCUGGACUCACAUUCCACAGAGGGUUUCUAUGAGAACUAUGAGCCCAAGGAGAUCCUGGGCAGGGGAGUUAGCAGUGUCGUCAGGCGCUGUAUCCACAAGCCCACGCGCAAGGAGUAUGCUGUGAAGAUCAUUGACGUCACCGGCGGGGGCAGCUUCAGCCCCAAGGAGGUGCGGGAGCUGCGAGAGGCCACGCUGAAGGAGGUGGACAUCCUGCGCAAGGUGUCAGGGUACCCCAACAUCGUACAGCUGAAGGACAAUUAUGAGACCAACACUUUCUUCUUCUUGGUGUUUGAUCUGAUGAAGAAAGGGGAGCUCUUUGAUUACCUCACUGAGAAGGUCACCCUGAGUGAGAAGGAAACCAGGAAGAUUAUGAGAGCCCUGCUGGAGGUGAUCUGCACCUUGCACAAACUCGACAUCGUCCAUCGGGACCUGAAGCCCGAGAACAUCCUCUUGGACGAUGACAUGAACAUCAAGCUCACAGACUUUGGCUUUUCCUGCCAGCUGAAGCCCGGAGAGAAGCUACGAGAGAUCUGUGGGACCCCCAGCUACCUGGCCCCCGAGAUCAUUGAGUGCUCCAUGAACAGUGACCACCCGGGCUACGGGAAGGAGGUGGACAUGUGGAGCACAGGGGUCAUCAUGUACACCCUGCUGGCUGGCUCCCCGCCCUUCUGGCACCGGAAGCAGAUGCUGAUGCUGAGGAUGAUCAUGAGCGGCAACUACCAGUUUGGCUCACCCGAGUGGGAUGAUUACUCGGACACCGUGAAAGACCUGGUUUCCCGCUUCUUGGUGGUGAACCCCCAGGGCCGCCUGACGGCAGAAGAGGCCUUAGCGCAUCCCUUCUUCCAGCAGUAUGACGUGGAGGAAGUGCGGCACUUCAGCCCCCGGGGCAAGUUCAAGGUGAUCGCUCUGACAGUGCUGGCUUCAGUGCGGAUCUACUACCAGUACCACCGGGUGAAGCCUGUGACCCGGGAGAUCAUCAUGCGUGACCCCUACUCCCUUCGGCCUCUGCGCCGGCUCAUCGAUGCCUAUGCUUUCCGAAUCUACGGCCACUGGGUGAAGAAGGGCCAGGAGCAGAACCGGGCUGCGCUCUUUGAGAACACACCCAAGGCUGUGCUGCUCUCCCCGGCUGAGGAGGACUACUGAGGGCCUGCUGCGACCUGGGGGGCCCAAGGACUGUGGAGGGCGUGGUCUGGAAAGAAGCCUGGUCAGAGGGCAGUCCCGGGGACAUGGAGUGGCCUUGGGGCUGGGUGGAGGAAGUGACGGUGGUCCUGAGAGACUGAGCUGGAAGGCAGGAGAGCCAUGACUAGCUCCUGUGACUGUUGGUGGUUAGGAAUAACUCAGCCGGAAAAAACCUGUUGGCAGUUAGUGAGAGUAUCACAGCGCCAGUCAGUUCUCCAUACUUUUCAAAGAAGUUUCAAGUGAAUUCUCUCGCUUGCUAUUUCCCAACUGCUAUGGAAGGCAAGAUGUGUUCACCAUUUUAGAGACCCAGAAGCAGAUGCUAGAAAGAGUUAAAUGUCUUGCCCAAGGCCAACUACUGUUCCAACAGCACAACAGAAUCAAUGUCAAACCCAGUUUCCUGGUUCUAGGCCAGUACUUUUCUACCACUUUGUCCUAAAAAAGAGAGAAUUCAGGGGCCUUUGUGGGUCAAACACCUGCAAAUCUGAUAUCCUGAGUGGCCUCUACAGUCCUUAUGGAGCCAAAGAGUAGGAGGAGUUGCAGGGAGAUCAACCAAAAUAAAUCUACUGGCAAACGAAGCAGAAAGUCCUAGCAGGGGACCAGCAGCCUAGGAUGCUUCCAUCCAGGUGCCACCACUAACCACCUGUCUGAAAUGAGCAGGUCCCAGGACCCUCCUGGGCCCAUUUUUAACUUGACUGUAAAUCAAAAUGGUUGUAGAAAUGAUUUUCCAUGUGCCCGCCUGUUUGAAGAGUCAAUAUUUCCAUGACCCAUGGCCUUGACCUAUUGAUGUGGCCAUUCUACUUCCCUCCCUCCGCACACCUAUUUAUGAGGACAAGAAGAGAAGCCCAUGUAAUUGAGAUGCUGGACACAGAGUCUCCCUGGGUGUGCGAGCUGAGAAGAAAGGCACAAGCUGUCCUGGACUGGUUUCCUUUUCCUGGCAAGCGCUACCUGCUUCCUUUUCAGUACCCACAUCUCCUGGUGCAAGUAGAGAUGCAGAAGGAGUGCCAACACCAGUUGUGGUGCCACCUGUGCUCUGUGAGGUCACCUCCAGCCCCUCAGCCCUCAGCUACCAAGCUCCUCACCUGGUGGUGACCCGGGCCCGGUGAUUGGCAGAGCCAUCGGAUGUGUCGAUCCAGGAUGCCCCCCGGAGGACACGCAUAUCCUGGUUUGCACCCUGGUAUGGUGAAGCUGUCCACUCCCACACGUUGCCCACGAGGUCAUAGAGCCCUGCAGCACAACAGGGGGUCAGUUCCCCGCUGGGAAGCAUCAUGCCUGCCUGUGAGCCAUCAAAGCCCUGGGAGCAAAUGCUGCCCCAGGUGCUUCUCUCUGCCUCAUCCAUCAGGCAGAAUGCUCCCACCAGCCACGUGUGAGUGGUGAUGGCGACCUGAUAAGAAAUCUUACCAUAGUUAUUCUGUGGGGGGAACGCGUUCACUGGGGAGACCCCAUGGAAGCCGUCCUCAGCCUUGUCACCCUUGGGGAACUUUCCCUGAGAAGAGAUUUAGGAUAAAAGAUUUGCCAUCCUGUCCCAUGGCAGGUGUUCCUGCCUGCCCACAAGGAAACCAAGGUCAUCUGGAAUAGGGGGAAGGGCACGUGGCAGUGACCCGAGGUUUCCAACCUGAGCUCCCAAACCAGCUGCCUCAGGUCCUCCACCAGGACCUCCAGCUGGAUCAGAAAGGGUGUGGUUUCCCUGUGCUCGCUGUGGUCCGUGUCAAGCCCAUCCCACUCCCACUGUCUCCAUUCUGAGACUUCGUCUCCUCGGCCUCGAACCCCAUGCUCGGAGCCUUGGGAAGAAAGGCUCUUCCUCUCCUUCCCCAUGCCCUGCACCCUCCACCUUCUCAGGAACCACCUCUUUCUCUUCUACCACCAACAGGUUUAACUCUGCCUCAUCUGCCCUGACUCUACCUUUCUCAUCUCUCGCUCUUUACCACCAAAACUCUUCAAAAAGUAACCUAUAUUUGCGAAUGCAAUUCAUUUAACUUGUUCACGCCUCUCAUUAAAAUUGGGUUCAGCUGCCA